GCCCUGGUUGCUCCUCUCACCUCAGAUUUAGGAGCUGCUUUCUGACCAGCAGGACUAUUGUGGAGAAGCUACCCUGUCACCCCAGCCAUGCACCCCGGGGCCCCUACAGCCUCUGCAGUGUCUGAGCCCAGCCCGCGGGAACUGUGUGCCUUUGUGAGUGGGGCGGCCACCCACAUGCUGCGUGCCCUGCACCCUCGGCGGACCCGGCCCCCCAAAAGGAGACCCAACCACAGGAGGUUUCUGCACAACCAGAUCUGCAGGCACUUUGCCAAGAUUGAAGUUGCCACCCGGCGCCUGGCGCUGUCUAUCCUGUCCCAAGAGGCACCUCCCCAGAGACCUCCGCCCCGAAGGCCGCCCCCGCCACCUCCGUCCCCCUUCCUGGGGGUGGCCUGUGCUGUGGCCCCCACUGAGGCACCCUGUGCGGGCCCCAGCUUGAGCCUCGCGGCUCUGGACACCUCCACCCUCGACCUCUUUGAUGACAUUGCACUCACCCCAGAGUGUCCCUCAGUGCCAUCUGAGUUGUCCCUCUGUGCUUGGGGCCAGCCAGACCUGAGGCAGGCUUCACAUUUCUAUAAUCCCCUCCCGCAUCCCCCGAAUGCCCCGGGGGGAGUGGAGGUGCCCUGGGCUCCUGAGGCAGAUUGGGUGGGCAGGUGGGAGGUGCCUUGUGCCUGUCAUUCUCAGGGAAUCCCUGAGGGCUGGGGUACCUGCUCCCCGUGAUCCUCAACCACAACCCAACCCAGGGCUCCCCACGCCGGACAAAUCAGAGGCCGCCCUCAUGAUAGCUCAGCAGCCACCCCCCAGGAGCCCCCUGUCCUGUCCACUCCCCUCCUGGCAACCCCUGGGAACAUGCACCAAGCCCAGACUCCUCCCACCUUCAGACCACGUCUGCUCCUGGUCCAGGUCCCCCACCUCUGCUUCUGCCAGGGGUGCCCCCUUGCACUCUCCCUCCCCCACCUUCUCCCUUCUUUCUUCCCAGCCCCAUCUCCUCAGUGUCUGCCGCUCCAGGCUCCUCUCACCUUGGCUCAUUUCUGCCUAAUGUCUGGUCUUGUCUCAUUUAUUCCCAAAUAUGUACCGAGGGCCUACUAUGUGUCAGGCCCCAUCUAGAUGCUGAGGAUUCAGCAGUGAAUAAACAGACAAGAUGUGUGCAUUUAAGGGG